UCUAACUCAAUGAGGCAAAAUCGAACACCUACACGAAACCCCUACUGAUCUGAGGAACCCAGUCGCGGGGCGGGGACGACCCUCUCUCUUGCCCUGAAGGUUUCUGCCCCUCAUCCAGCAGUGAGCGAUGGCCGACCGUCAACCUUGUUCUCUAACUCGGCCUUAACGAUUUCGAGCACCCAGAGGAUUUAUCAGGCUGCAGCGGCCAACUGAUCAUAGACAAACAGUCGGAAACUCAGGCCUGAAGACAUUAAUGAUGAUUCGGAACAAAAACUAAACGCACCUUCGUUUUCCAAAGCCGCCAUGUUGCUUAUGCCAGUGGUGUAACACUUUAUUGGAUCCGGCGGCGUUAUCAAGAGGGAACGGUUUCCAGUCGGAGCCUUAACAUUGUGACACCGAUGGAAGUAAACAAAUGGGCGCUUCCGUGAACUGAGGAUUCUAUUCUAAAUCAAAAACAUUUUGUAGUGAUGGAGAAACAAGAAACGAUUGACUGUGAAAUUAAAAUCGAGAGAAAGGCUGCUGCCCAGUCAGGAAAGCGAGCAGACCUCCAGCAGCAACCAGAGAGUAAUAAGGAGACUCUCUUUGAAGAGAAGGACUGGAGCAGCAUUCUGGACCAUAGUGGAGCAGAAUCGCCUCAGGUUAAAGAAGAAGAGGAGGAGGAAGAUGUCACUAAAUUCCCCCUCAGUAUUGUUGUUGUAAAGAUGGGUGAUAAUGAGGAUGAAGGCAAGGAAGAAUUUCCACAAAGCAGUUCUGCUCAACACAUGAAAUCAGAAGCAGACGGAGACGACUGUGACGAAAAGGAGAGCAGCUUAGAUUCUGGCUCACACUUACUUGCCAGGUCACUCUCCUCUGAAAUGGACACAGAUGACAGUGAAGACUGGAGGGAAGCUGCUAAUGCUCAAUCAAGUUCAAACGAUUUGGAAACUUUAGACGUCUCUGUCAGUGAGAAAACAGAUGAUGCUGCGGAUAAGUCACUCAUCUGCCCAGAUUGUGGGAAGAAAUGUUCCUCCAAGUCUGGUCUCACUCUGCACAAUCAAACCUGCACUGGACAAUCUUUAUCCUGUUUAUUUUGCGGGAAAUCUUUUACUCAGAGGGGACAUCUUCAGACUCAUUUGAAAAUUCACACAGGAGAAAAACCUUUUUGCUGCUCAGAAUGUGGAAAAUGUUUUAAUCACAAGGGAGACCUCAAGAAACACAUGCGAACGCACACGGGAGAAAAACCAUUCAUCUGCCCAAAAUGUGGAACACGUUUUGUUCAGCGGCAUCAUCUGAAGAAUCACAUGAGGAUUCACACCGGCGAGAAACCCUUCUGCUGCUUAAAUUGUGGCAAGCGUUACAAUCGGAAGGGCGACCUGAAGACUCACAUGAGAAUUUACACUGGCGAGAAACCCUUCAGCUGUUCAGAAUGUGGCAAAUGUUUUAAUCAGAGAAAUAGUUUGAAGAGACAUAUGAGAAUCCACACAAGAGAGAAACCAUUUCGCUGCACGGAAUGUGGGAAAUCUUUUAACCAGCGGCAUCAUCUGAAGACUCACAUGAGAAUCCACACAGGAGAAAAACCAUUUUCUUGCUCAAAAUGUGGCAACUGCUAUUAUCGGAGAGAAGAUCUGAAGAGACACAAGCGAAGUCACAUGGAAGAAACAAGCAGCACUCCAUAACUGAGACCUUAGAGGUCAAGCUGUGAUGAUGAAGAGCAUGUCUGAAAGCAUAUUUAUAUAAGAAGUCACUUUGUACGAUCUGCAUAUGGUUGCAUCUGAAAGAAAAAGCACUACUUGUAGACAGUUUGGCCCUUCUCAUUAGUUUAUUUGCU